CGCGCCUUCUCUCUGCGCGCAACCUUCACCGCUCCGCCUCGCGCUCUGGCGCGCGUGCCAAAGCCAAUAGUUUCUCUGACAACUCUGGCACAGACAGUGCUAUUCUGCCAGAGGUCACGAGAAGGAGGUACGGCACAUUUCUGUGUUGGUGGGGAGCGUGUGUAUUUGUAUAUACAUUUAAAGGAAAGAGAGUUUUUUUUCUCCCUUGCCAUACUUUCCAGUUCGCUUGUCACCAUUUCCUCUAAAAACGAGCUGGACUUUUUAGCGCGAGCUUCCCGGGUGCUCCACAGCAAGCGAAUAAUUGGCGCAGUCGUGGGCAUCGUCAUGAUCGUGGCGCUGGUCAUCGCAAUUCCGCUUCUGGUCCAGACCUCAGUGGUUUCAGCGCACUACGAAAUGAUGGGCACUUGUCGGAUGAUCUGUGAUCCGUACAACCCCAAACCGAGCGCCACGGCGCUGGAGGUGAUGCAGGAUCUCAGUGUCAUCCCACCAUCUUUCGCUCAAGGGACUAGAGGGGAACCGGGCCGUCCGGGCAAACCGGGACCCAGGGGUCCACCUGGCGAACCGGGUCCACCUGGUCCAAGGGGGCCACCUGGAGACUCCGGCAAACCUGGAUUUACCGGUAUCACAUCGGGAACGGCGAGGACCGAGACUGGAGACAUUGGUCCAGCGUUGGGGAACAUCAAGAUCGCGUUUUAUGUGGGUCUCAAGAACCCCCACGAAGGCUACGAGGUGCUCCGCUUUGAUGAUGUUGUGACAAAUGUGGGAAAUCACUAUGAUCCCACUACCGGCAAGUUUACGUGCCAGGUAUCGGGGAUUUACUACUUCACCUACCAUGUGCUGAUGCGCGGAGGGGACGGGACAAGCAUGUGGGCAGACCUCUGUAAAAACGGACAGGUGCGGGCGAGCGCCAUCGCGCAAGACGCCGAUCAGAACUACGACUACGCGAGUAACAGCGUCGUGCUGCACCUGGACUCUGGCGACGAGAUUUAUGUCAAACUCGACGGAGGAAAGGCGCACGGAGGAAACAACAACAAAUACAGUACAUUUUCUGGUUUCAUUCUGUAUCCAGACUGAACUGCCACCUGCUUCGUCUCAAGCUGACUGUUAAUGAAUCUCCUCUCUCCUCUCCGCGCGGCACACUCUCUCGGCACUCCAUUGUCAUUCCUGUCUGUAGUGUCGUUGGGAAUAUAAGGACCAUCUGAACUCAGCGCCAGCGUGAGAAUAUGUUGUCUGAAUUUGUCCCUUUCUGUUUAAUGAUGUCUUGUGUUUGGCUAUUAUACGCAAUUAAACGAAAUGCGUUAAUAACGCACAGGAUGGUGAUGAGGAUACAACACUUAUCGAUAGAUUAUUAGCAUAUCUGUAAUUGUUCACUGGGUGAUUUUUGCUCAAAUUAAAUUAUUUUCCUGCAUCUAUGAGCCCCUAGUGGCCUCUAAUGUAAUACAGUUUUUUGUAAAUGUUUUUAUUUUAAAACCUAUGGCUGAGCAAUAAAGCAUUCCAGUGGAUUUUCAGUUUGUAUUUAAAUAACAAUCCUGUGUGUGUAUUUAAAUGAGCUCUGGGACUUGACGUUUGACCUCACAUAGGUUCUUCUGAGAGAUAACACACCUAAUACAAUAAGCAUGCCAAACAUCACAACCGCAAAAGAGAGAGGGAGAGAAUUCUAAAAGAGAAAAGGAUGUCUAGUGCGAUCAACCAAAUUAAGUCUGUGCAUUAAAAUGGCCAAAAUUCCAACAACUCACACUAUUCAGAAAAACAAACUGAGUUUAUCUGGUGUGCUUUUUGAUUGGUAAUUGAUGCUUGUACAUGCAGAUGUUUUACGUUCUGAUUCAAUUAGAUAGAAGGUUAAUAAACAUCC